AGGGACAGCAGCGAGGCGGACGCGGCCGCUGCUCUCCGUCGAGCCGGCGGGGGGCCCUUUCCCCGCCUCCCUUUCCUUCCCCUCCCAUUGAGUGAUUCAAGCCGUGCGCUUCCCACUUCCGCCGCCUCUGCCAGCCAUUGGAACUAGUGAAGCCGGACUAGUUGGGGCCGCUGAACAGCCGACGCUCCCCUCCUCGUCCUCCGCCUCCUCGCCGCUUCUUCCUCUCGCCUCUCCUCUUCUCUCCUCCCCUGGCCGCCGCCGCCCCCAGGCCUCGCGACCGCCGAGCCCGCAGCCCACUCCGCGGCCGACAUGAGCUUCUUGUUUGGUAGUCGUGCUUCUAAAACUUUUAAACCAAAGAAGAACAUUCCAGAGGGAUCUCACCAGUAUGAGCUCUUAAAACAUGCAGAAGCCACACUUGGCAGUGGCAACCUCCGGAUGGCUGUCAUGCUUCCUGAGGGGGAAGAUCUAAAUGAGUGGGUUGCAGUUAACACUGUGGAUUUCUUCAAUCAGAUCAACAUGCUUUAUGGAACCAUCACAGACUUCUGUACAGAAGAGAGUUGUCCAGUGAUGUCAGCUGGCCCAAAGUAUGAGUAUCACUGGGCAGAUGGAACAAACAUAAAGAAACCUAUUAAGUGCUCUGCCCCAAAGUAUAUUGAUUACCUGAUGACUUGGGUUCAAGAUCAGUUGGAUGAUGAGACAUUAUUUCCAUCAAAAAUUGGUGUCCCGUUCCCAAAGAAUUUCAUGUCUGUGGCAAAAACUAUACUCAAACGCCUCUUUAGGGUUUAUGCUCAUAUUUAUCAUCAGCAUUUUGACCCUGUGAUCCAGCUUCAGGAGGAAGCUCAUCUCAAUACAUCUUUCAAGCACUUUAUCUUUUUUGUUCAGGAAUUCAACCUUAUUGAUAGAAGAGAACUUGCACCACUCCAAGAACUGAUUGAAAAACUCACCUCAAAGGACAGAUAAAAGGAUGCAGAGCUUUGCAAAUUAUUCCUCAAAUGAAGCUGUGUGGAGUGUAUUUAGGUUUUUAUUGUACUUUGUUUUUAUCUGGAUUGUUUUUGUCUUAGGUUUGGGGGUCUGUUUGGAUUCCUUUUUCUUUAUUCUGAAUAUAUGAAACCAUAUUCUAUUGCUAAAGGAAGCCAAGAACCAUUCUCUGUACAUUUGAUAGCGGUAAAUUUUGUCGUAGUAGCUGACAUACAGUAUUUUUUUUAACUUGGUUUCGGUCACUUGAGGAGUUUUUUAUAUUGUGUGCUGAAAGAAAAUGCUUAUUGAUUGAACUGCUGGUGGAUGAGGUUCUGUGUUUUGUAAGUUGUGGCUCAUUUUUGAAGUCCCCAAAAGACUUAUGUUUUUAAGUGCCUUGGCAGGCUCACUUCUAAGGUGCAGAGCACCGAUAUAGAACUGAACAGGGCUCAAAACUAUAUUCGGAUUACUACCCAGGGCACUUACUGGUGCACGUUGUAAAAUAUCUAUGAUAAAAGCCAUAGUUUACUUAAAUCGGUGAUCUCCAGCUUUUACUUCAUUGAAGAAACAUAAUUUGUAAAGAUGUGCAUGUAGAACAUAAAAAAUUAAUAUUUCUUAAUUAUUUUUUAUAUUGAUGGUAAUAUAUUCUGUUCAACAUAUACUUAAAGUUCUACAAGCUGGUCUUUUUCCAUCUCUUGAUAUCUGUAACAUUGAAACUUGAGGAUGUUGAAAUGUAAUAGCCAUUGCAUUUUGGCUUCUUUCUUCAUGUUAACUGCACUGUUGGUGUAAAAAUUCAGGUUAUAUAUAGGAUUGCCAUCUUCAGAGGUGAUGCUUAACUGUGAGGUUUCUUAGCAAUUGCCAAAUGAGCCAUAAAUCUGCAGAAUCUCCUACUUCGAAGAGGAGGGGAUAGGAGUGUGUGUUUGGUUGGGGGGGAGGGGUUAGUUUGUAUCAGAAUUUAGGGAUGGGAUUAAGUAUGGGGAGUCAAGUUUUUAAAAGUCCUGUCUUCAAACCCUUGAAUAGAAUGGCAUGAAGAUUUUAAUUACUUACAAGCAAAGUCUUAGAGACUUCCUUUUAGGAAUCAACUUCCAUGAGAAGUUAAAAAUAAAUUAUUAAUUUUUGGUACAGACAUUAAACAUGGAAUUUGAGACCUGUUUGAGGAAAUUGAUCACUUUUUAGUAUUUCCAUUCAGUGAAUGGAGCUGUUCUUUGCCUAUCAUUUUAAAAUGAUACAUAUGGUAUGUUCUUUGCUUAUUAUAGGCCCAGUUUGAAGCAUUCUGACUUCUGAUUUUUCCACUGCGAAAGGAAAUCUUUUUCUUUGCAGUGAUAUCAAAUAGUGAAAAUGCUAAUUCAGUAGUUAUUAACUUUAAAAUUUUAU